UGGAUUACUUCCUGUCAGAAACAGUUCCGUUUCAGAGUUGGCUUUAUGGGUAAAUUAUAAACAGAACAGGACAAAUAUAAUCUAUCGGUGCUUAAAACAACACCUCCAAGACUUGGUUCUCUAAUAUACUGUUGAAUGCAUUCAUCUUAAGCUAUAAUAGUUCAUAUCUGUUCAAGAUGUUGGGAAUGGAGCUGUCAUCUGGUGUGGAUGGUGUGGUAGAGAACAUUGGGAAACUCCCCCCAGAUUUGUUUGCAGAAACACUUCAGGAGAUUUUGGUUAAUCUUCAGGAACAGAGCAGAGCAGUAGAUUUGAUUGAAACCUGUGAUAAAUUUCAAAGAGCUGGGAUAACCCUUGAUCAGCAAGCUGCUCAAGAUAUUAUAAGACUGAUGUCAUACCAUUUUAGGUUAGCUGCAAAGAGCAAUCUCAGUGCCGACGUCUUGGUCAGUAAAUUGAAUGAGGGCAGCAGUAAAUGGUCCAAAAUAGCCCUACAGUUGGUGCAUCAGCUCUGGACUGAACAUGGUGCUCUUCUACAUGCACAUCAUGAGCUUCUGACCAUGGCUAGUAUUGGACAGCUUGUAGAUAUGCAGUGGAAGCUUGCAAUGGCAGUAAGCUCUGACACCUGCCGAUCCCUCAACUCCCCAUUCAUCUCUGUUCUGAUGAAAAUUGCAGACACAUCAGGGGAGAUAUCUCAUAAGUCUUUUGAGAUGACAGUUCAGCAGUUCCAGAACUUCUACAGACAGUUCAAGGAAAUGGCCUCUGUUUUAGAAACUGUUUAAGAUAAUUUUUUCCAUGUUGUUUUUGCAGCAAUUAUAUAUUUUGACAUAUAUUUUUUAACAAUUGACUCCACUUUGCACUAAUCUAACAUUUUAUUAUUAUUUUUGUUUACCAUGUAUUCCCUUAAUAAUAUGAGCAGUGAAUAAAGAAGUCUGAUAACU